AUGACCAAAGUUCUUGUUACAGGAGGAACCGGCUUCCUUGGCGCUCAUGUAGUCGACAUUCUCUUGCAACGAGGGCACACUGUCGUUGCUACCGUCAGAUCCGAAGAGAAGGGUGCCUCAAUCAAGGAAGCCUUUCGAGAUAGUCCUCAACAAAACCUCAGCACGAUUGUGAUACCAGACAUUGCAGCCAAAGGAGCUUUUGAGUCGCUUGCAUCACACAAUCUUGAGGCCGUGAUCCACGUCGCCAGCCCGUUUCACUACAACGUCACGGAUCCCAAGAAAGAUCUCAUCGACCCGGCUGUGUUGGGCACGACCGGCGUCCUUCAGGCAGUGAAAGACUCCUGCCCCACUGUCAAACGCGUUAUCAUCACAGCUUCUUUUGUCAACAUGCUCGAUUUUAGUCUUGCUGCUAAGAAGGCCGUGAAGACAUAUUCUGAGGAUGACUGGAGCCCUCUCAAAAUUGAGGAUGCCUACAGUAACGGUCUGAUGGCUUAUUGCGUUUCCAAGAUCGAGGCCGAAAAGGCUGCCUGGGCUUUCGUUAAUGAUGAGAAGCCUGCCUAUACGCUGACAGUCAUUAACCCACCCCUUAUAUUCGGUCCUCCCAGGCUGCCAGUUAAGAAUCUCUCGGCAGUAAACACGUCGAAUCAACUGUUCGCUGAACUCAUUCUCGGGAAACACAAGACCGGCCUGCCUCCCACAAACUCACCCGUCUGGGUUGAUGUACGCGAUGCAGCGCUAGCCCACGUCAAGGCUAUGGAACUGUAUGAGGCGGCUGCCGGAAAACGUUUCUUCUGCGCUGGUGGCUUGUAUAGCAACUUUGAAAAGGGCAAGAUUGUGUACGACAACUUUCCCGAGUUGAGGGACAGGAUUCCCGAACCAGCAAAUAUGGGUGGAAUGCCCGAUCCGAGCAUACAGUCAUAUGGCAUUAACACAUCUCGGGCUGAGACUGUGCUGGGUAUGGAGUGGACGCCGCUUGAGAAGACGAUUGUGGAUUCCGUCAAGACAUUCAUUGAUUUGAAAGAGUGA